AGUCCGCCCUGCCUCGUUUACUGUCAGUCCUCUGAAUGCUUAUGCGCACCGCCCUCCUCUCCUAUUGGAAGAUAUCGACAGAAAUGGGAACCGGAAAUCUGGAGCUGCACAAGCCGUUUUAGCCGCAAAUAGGAAAAUUCUCCGGGCAUCGGAAGGUGUAGAACGUAGAUGUCCAGCGACGGGUUAUAGUUCUUGGGGUACUGACAACACCAAUACUCAUGGUACAUAUGCCACGAACAUGGGAAGUUGGCAGGGUUAUGAAGGUUAUGAUUAUUAUGGUGCUCAAGCCAGUAAUACUACCACGGCUCCCACAUAUAACUAUGAUGCCACUGUUCCCACAACUACCUGGAAUACUUCAAAAACUUCUGACAUGACAAUGGGUACAAGUAUGCCAGUUGUAAAUUACAAUACUGGAACAAUGGAGGUAGAAAACUCUGAUUCCAUCAUAGCAAAAAUAAACCAGCGUUUGGAUAUGUUAUCAAAGGAAAGUGGCAAUGCUGGAGAAGGCAUGGAAGAUCAGGGAAGCUCUUUCAGAUUUGAGUCUUUUGAAUCAUACGACUCUAGAGCCGCAGUUCCUGACCGUGAUCUGUACAAAACCAGCUAUGACUAUGAUACUUUUGGAAGCCACUAUGAUGGUCCUGAUAACCGCAGAGAUCAACCUGGUAACAGAGGAAACAACUAUGGUUUUGUUAGAGGGAGGGUCCAAAAUCGAGGUCGUCCAAACACUUUCAAUCGUGACCACUUCAUGCCCUCAAGUACAGAACGGCUGUCUACACACUGGAAUGAAAUGAAUUACAUGGGCGGGAGGAACAUGGGAGGACCUGGACCCAACAGGCUUCCAUCACUUUUUUCUCGAGCACCUGUCCCUGAGUAUAGGGAUUACGGUGAUUAUGGCGACUAUGGCGACUAUGGAGAGUAUGGCAACUAUGGGGAUUAUGAUUAUGGCAUGAUGGGAAUGCAAGGAAUGGGAAGGAUUCCUGGGAACAUGCCCUAUGGAUUCGGCAGAACACGUGGCAGACCCAAGAGGAGAGCUUUCCGUGGUCGUCUAGGUGGGCGUUCAGAUAAUGAAGGCGGGUUAUACAAGCGGAAACAACCCCAAAGUGGAGAGGAACCUGACAGCAAGCAGGCAAAGACAGAAAGUGAAAGAGAUGACUCUGACAAUGAUGAUGGUGAUGAAGACAAGUCAGGAGAUGGAGAUAAAGCAACUGGUGAUGGCGGUGGUGAUGAUGAUGAAGAGGCAAAACAAAGAAAAGAGAAACAGAGGCAAAGGGAUAGAAUGCGUGACCGUGCAAUGGACAGAAUUCAGUUUGCCUGCUCUAUCUGUAAGUUCCGAACUUUUGAGAAUGAAGAAAUGGAGAGACAUUUGCAAAGUAAAUUUCACAAAGAAGUCUUGCAAUACAUUGGAACCAAAUUACCUGAUAAGACAGUGGAAUUCCUGCAGAAAUACAUUGUGAACAGAAACAAGAAAAUUGGGAAGCGCCGACAAAAGCUGAGUGAGAAAGAGGGUACAAAACCAAAACUUGACCCAUUUAAAGGAAUUGGCCAGGAGCACUUUUUUAAGAAGAUAGAAGCUGCUCACUGUAUGGCUUGUGACAUGCUAAUUCCCGCACAACAACAUCUUCUUCAGAGGCAUCUGAGAUCUGUUGAUCACAAUAGAAAUCGCAGAACGGCUGCUGAACAUUUGAAGAAGGCUAGUUUUCAUAUUGCUAAAAGUGUCCUAAAUAGCAAGCACAUUGUGAAAAUGCUAGAAAAGUACCUCAAGGGUGAUGAUCCAUUUACAGAUGGAAGUAUUGACCAAGAUGUUGAAGAAUCUGAAGUUUUAGAAGGUGCUGAAGGUGAAAAGGAAAGUGCUACUCUAGAGAAAAGGGAGAAUACUGGGGAGGUGAUCGAAGCCAGUGAAGUCAGUGAAUCUAGUAAAGCAGAAGAGGAUGAAGCACCUUGCUCUGCUACAGGUUCUUCAAAAGGUGAAACUGACGUGAAGGACGAACAGGCAGAAGAGAGUCCAGGUGUAUCAGAAACAGCAGAAGUAACUCCUCAAGAAAAUCUUGAUGAAAAAGCCGAAGAAGACCAAGUGGAAAAGCAGCAGCUUGUGGAGGAAGGGAAGGAAAAUGCCCCUGAAAUAAUAAUAUCUGAAAACAGCAGUAUUGAGGAGGAUCCUGUGGGGGUAACAAAUACAGAGCUGUCUCAGGAAUGAAUGAUUAUGUGAAGGUGUUUUUCCUGCUUUGCUAUAUAAUCUUUUCAGUACUUCCUCUUCAUAAUCUUUUGAUGUAUAUUCCUGAAUUGCUGCCAGCUUUGUUUUUGUCUGAAGCAAAGGAUUCAUCUUUCUGUAUGGGAAACAGUCUUGUACUGUAUUGUGAAUAAGAUAGAAAUUGGCAAGCUGGUCAGGUUCCUUAGCUGUACAUUGAUACCUUCCUGCAUCUAGAAUAAAUAAAUGUGUUGAUAUUGAAAUCUCUUUGGCUUUCACUUUCCGAUGCAAAAAGGAAAUAUGGCUUCAUUUUUAAAACAGAAUUAACCUUCUUAUUAGGGAGGGAGUAGGUAUUAAAUGUAUUUAUUUCCCCCCCUGCCCACCGUAAAAUUGAUGAUUCAUCUAACUUUCUGGAAAAAGAACUUGCUGCCAUAACGACUGUUAAUGUCAUUUAUUCAGUUUGCAGUAUUGCAUGAAAAAUAGCAUCUGUAAGUAUAUACAAAAUGUUAAGCACAAACUUACUGUGUAUCACACUUGAGUUGUCUUUUAUGCUGUGCAUUAUUUCAGAAGUUGUACAGGGAAUGAUAAACUGGUGCUUCUUCAUUAUGUUGAUAGAGAAGCAUACACAAGGAGGAAUGUUAUAGCAACACUGUAGUCUCACUUCCCUCUUGUCUCCCAAAAUCUGUCAGAGAGGUAUUAUUCAGAGAGUAGAUUGCCAAAAACUGCUCCAGGCCAGGAAUAAGGAAGCAAUAUCAUAGAUAAAACAUAGAUAAAUUGUUAUGAUUGAUGCUUGUAGCAUAGCAUUUGAAAGUAGAAUGAACACUCUUCUUUUGUUGAAUUAGCAAUUAAAUAAACUUCCAACAUGGAAAA